GGCGCGACCGGCUCCGCGCAUGCGCACAUCCUCCUGCGCUCCGCGGCGCACACCCUCUAGCAUCGCGGUGGCUCCGCCUUCCGCUGCGCAUGCGCGGGGCUCCCGGCUCUGGCAGGGGAUCUGAGGUUGCCUUCCCGUCCGUGAGUGGGGCCGCGCCUCCCUGAGUGUGCGGCGGCUUUGCGUGCGGUACGCGGCGCUCCCCUGAGACGAUAUGAAGAAGAUAUUCGGCUUCGGGAGGAAGAAGAAGGGGAAACCUCCGCCGCCCGGCAGCGCCGCCUCGCCGUGCCCCGCCGGUGCGUACGAGCUCCGCCAGAAGGAGUUGGGCAAGCUGCACCGCGCGGCCGCCGCCGGAGACCUGGCCCAGGUGCGGCAGGGGCUGAAGAAACAAGGCAUCGACGAGCGCGACAAGGCGCAGCGGACACCACUGCAUCUUGCUUGUGCAAAUGGACAUGCGGAUGUCGUUACGUUUCUAGUAGAAAACAAGUGUAAGCUAAAUGUUUUUGACAGUGAUAACAGAUCACCACUGAUGAAGGCAGUACAAUGCCAGCAAGAAAAAUGUGUGGUAAUCCUGCUAGAGCACGGUGCUGAUCCGAACCUGGGAGAUGCUAGCGGCAACACUGCCCUUCACCUGGCUGCUGUAGCUCCUAACACAUUUCUGGCGGGGAUAUUAAUUGAGCACAAUGCCCAUAUUGAUGCUCAGAAUAAGGAUGGAUGUACUCCCCUUACUCUUGCUGUCUCUGAACAUCAUGAUGAGAUGGUAGAGUUCCUCCUUAAAAAAGGAGCUGACGUUCAUGCUCGAGAUCUGUGUGAGAGAACCCCACUUAUGACUGCUGCUUCCGGUGGGGAGCUUAAGUUGGUAAAAGUUCUUCUUCGCUAUGGUGCUGAUCUUUCCCAUAAAGACACUAAUGGAUGGACAGCUGAGGAUUAUGCUAUUAUUCAUGGAUAUGUUAGUCUUAGUAAACAACUGGCAGAAUAUGCAGAUUGGGAGAACACAGGGGAAGCUUCUGCAGGUGCUUCCCGAGGCAUCCCAGUGCCGAUGACUCCUCACAAGGCAAGAGCUGCUGGCUUUACAUUUGGUGCACCUGCUGUGGACAGAGGAGGAAUGCAGCAGUCUCCUAAGCAGACACCAAGAACAGGAGAAUCAAGGAAAGCAAUAGAUGACUUUUCCCAUGGAGACUCAAUAAGAAGUUCUGAAAAAGAGGGCAGUAAUGACAGUUGGCAUACUUCUGAGGAAGAAGAACUGGAUUUUACACCCAAGAAGCCACAGAAGCCAAACUUGACAAUGUUAAUGAAUGUUUCCCAGAAGUUCAGGAAUACAGGUGGUGGUGAUUGUUCUAGAACUGAAAGUCCUAAGUCACAGAAGAAAAGCCUUAAACAAAAAACAAGAGAUGCAAACCUGGACAGAGGAGAAUGUGGAGAGUUGUUGAAUGAAGAUAUCUCAGAUUCAAGCAGCCUUGAGGAAGAUGAAUUGGAGGAAGAGGAAGAAGACGAAAAUGAUGAUGGAGAUGACAAUGAGGAGGAGGAAGAAGAGGAAGAUCUUACUCAAGAUGAAAAGGAGGAAGGAGAUCUGGAAGAUGAAGAAACUCAAUCUAAUGAAAUAAUGGAAGAAGAGCAGAGAGGUAAAAUAGAACCGAAAGAAGAAAUUAAUCAGAAAUUGGGGUAUCUUACUAAUGUUAAGAAUGAAGGGGAUGCACAAUGUGGAGCUGGAAGUGUCUCCAGUGAUUAUCAGAAAAUAUGUAAAAAAAUUGAUGAAAAGAUGGAGGAAUCUGUUGAUACUCCUGUGUCUUUUAUAGAUGGAUAUUAUGAAAGGUUGCAAGAGAAUAUAACAGCCAUGUCUCCAAAGAGAAUGAAUAAUGAAGUAUCUUACGAGUCAGUACCAAAACAAGCUGUCCUUCAAAAUUUAAAUAAUUUGCAAGAUAAACAAGAAAGCUGCAAGAAGAAAAGCAUAAUGCAGGAGAUGUUUCACAGAAAUACAACCUCUUCUUUUGCAGACACUGAAAUGACAGUCUUGAAAAAAGGGAUACCUCAGCCUCUCUCAAAUAGUGGUGAUCUUCAGGAGGAAAAGUUAAGUUUCAGUGAUGGCCUCAAAAGUAGUAGUAAUUCUUGGUCAGCAGCGGGAAGCUUAAAGCUUGAAAAUCAAAGACCAAGCUCUGUCACAGAUGAUGAAGAUGCUGAAGAAGAGCAGUAUAAAGAAGUAGAUAAUAAAUUGCAUGAAGCACGGAAACAAGAAAGUGAAAACCUGUGUCUAGAUAGAUGUGAGGAAAAUCUAAGGACAGCAUUUUCUUCAAGCACAAAAGAAGAGUCGCCUAAAUGGGAAGAAGAGGAAGAACAGGAGAAGGAAGAUACUGGUGGGAAGCUGCGAACUGUAGUUUUUGAUGGUGUGAAAAAUUCUGUUUGUAGUAAUAACCAUCAAGUCCAUAAUGAAGAAGACGCUGCUAAUGAGAGAAGUGCCCUGCUAGUAGCAGGAGCAGAGCAAGAGGAAGAGUCUGAAUCUCCCUGGGAUUCUGAGACACAUUCUGGAAGUCCAAGGAAAGUAUCACCUGAUGUGUUGCUCCCAGCUGCAGAUGAACAUGGGGUAUGCUUGCAGAGUAUUUCAGGGGAGCUCAACAAUGGCUUUUCAGAGAAAUGCAGUGAUUUGCAGUUGAAGGUUUCUGCAGUUUUAGAGAUGAAUGAAAAAUCUUCAAAAAAAGAAAGGCAAAAAUCAGAUCUACAGGAGGAAUUGAGUGUAGGAGAUGUAGACAAUAUUGAAGGUGAGUGCUCAGAACUUAUCUUUCAUGUGUCAUCAGCUGAAAAAGAGGUGGUCAAGGACGCCAUUGAAAACUGUGGGAGGCAGGAUAAAUAUGUUUUAGAAACUACCAACUUGAUAGAAAACCCAGCAUAUGAAAAGCAGACUGACAAAGCAGAAAUUUCUCAUCAGGAAGUCCUAGCAGAAAAUGAGGAAUCCCACAGUACUGACAAGCAGUUAAGUCUAAAGCCAUGGGAAGAAAGAUAUGAAAGAAUGUGGGUUGAAAAAGAGAAAAGGGAAUUGAAAACAAAUUUUAAAAACAUUACAGCAGAGCUGAAGCUGCUGUUUGGUGAAAUUAAUGAAUCUGAGGAAACUUCAUCCCUUGUGGCAGAAGUGUCAGAAGAUGUCUUCAAUGAAGAAUUGAAGAGUUUUCGUGUUUCAUCUUGCGUGACAGAAUCAAAUAAUAAGUUAGAAAGUAGAGGUGAAUUUGGAGAUAAGAAACUUAACGUAGACCUAAAACAACCCAAAGUGGAAACUGUAGCUCAGAGUCUCGGCGUCCUUCCUGAUCGCAAUAACUUAAAUGCAAGCGUGGAAAAUACCUGGAGUACAGAUGAAGAAGACUGCACUAAUUACACAGAUAAUACGAAAGUACCUCUAGCAAGAGGAGAGGAAAUGGAAGAAAAUGAGAGUGGGAUUAGUAGGAAUGUAGAGGGAAGUCCUGAAUAUUCCAUGAGACAUUGUUUAAAAACAAAUAUUUUGGAUGACAUUUCUAAUAUUCUUCCUAAAAUAAGACCUAUUUCCACAAAUGAUGAAAGUACACUUGGUUUUAUGAGAGAGAAGAAAUUUAGCAAGGAUGUCUGUCUUAGUGACAGUGUUUCCAGAGACUGCCUUAUCAAAAACAAGGAAAUAGGAGAAACAGAAAUUGAGAAUCUUUUUCCACAUGAUCAGCAACCUUGUGGCAUGCUGAAAAGGAAUCUGGAUGAAGAACUAAAACAAGAUGUGGAAAGAUUUAAGAGUAAGGUAGGAAUGCUGCAAAUGGUAUUCCUGGCUUUGGAGAAAGAGAAGGUACAGCUACAAAAAGAGGUUGAGAAGGAAAAAAGGAAGCAGGAACAUUUCAAAAUGCAAGCAGUGGAGAAGGAGGAAGAUCUUGAUAAAUUAAAUACACCGGCAGGCAGUAUUACCAAUCAACCAGUAAAAGAAAAGCUUGCUCUAAGGAAGAAUGAAAAAAAAAUUGAGGAUGAAAAAAUGAUGGAAGAAAAACGCACAAGGACCUUUUCAUCUGAGGAGAGACCAAAAUUAAUUGGAAUGCCACCAAAAGGUAAAUCUGUUCUGAAUGCAAAAGGUAUGAAGAAAAACGAAAAUAAAAGGCAGUCUACAAAGCAGAAGGCUAAUCAGGAGAUUCAAGUAAUGGAUGAUAGCACUUGCAGUGAAACAUCUCAAGUUGAAGAAAGACCUGCAACAAAAACAGGGAGCGAAAAGAACAAGGUCAGCAUACAGAUGGAUGUUACUGACCUUGAUUUAACACAGUCAUCUGAUACAACUACAGAAGAUGCUGACUUGCCAACUUCAACUUACAAAGAAGCUAUGUUGCUGUUAGAACAGCUUAGUGUGGAUCAUACAGAUUCUGCUAUUUUGCUGAAAAUUCAAAACAUACUUCUUGAAUAUGAACAGAGAAUAGAUUGUGAAAAAAAUCGCUAUGCAGCUCUCUGGAGAGAAGUCAGGAAGUUGGAAAGUGAAAAAGAGGAGUCACAGAUAACAGCAGAAGAGACUGAAGAUUUGAAAUCCAUAUUGGCUCACCAAGAAAUGGAAUUGAAAAGUGAUAUCCAAAGCCUGAAAUUUUCUUUGAAACAAGAAGAGCAAAAGAGGCUUAGAGCUGAAAUGCAAUAUGAAAAAAUAAGAGAACAACUAAGGAGGAAAGAGGAUCAAUAUUGUAGAGAAGCAGAGGAGAAACAACAACUUGAGUUGUGUGCAAGGAAUUUAGAAAUGGAGUUAAUAACACUGAGAAAGCUCAUGAAACAGAUUGAAGAAGAGCGUGAUGAAACACAGAGACAGCUCUCUCAGGAAAAGAGUGCUAGAGCUCUACAAGAAGGAAUUUUGAACAGCCACCUGUGGAGACAGAAGGAACUGGAAGAGGAGACAAGAAAAACUAUAGGAAAAAAUUCAGAGGAAUCUGACAUUAAUGACAGAGAAAAGGAUCUGCUGCACAAAAAUCAGUUAUUGCAAGAAGAGAUUGCUAUGUUAAGACUUGAACUUGAUCAAGUAAAACUUAGGCACCAGGAGGAUGAAGGAAAAUAUUUAGAGGAAAAUGAGUCUUUGAAAGAAAAAAACGACGAUCUUCAGAAGGAACUUAAGCUGAAUGAGGAAGCCUUAACACAAACAGUAUUUCAGUACAAUGGACAGCUGAAUUUACUAAAGACAGAAUCUGCAAUGCUAACUUCCAAGCUUGAACAGACAAAAGAAAGCAAAGACAGACUGGAAACAGAGAUCGAAUCAUUCCGUUCCCGCUUGAAUGCGGCUGUUCAAGAUCUUGAACGUCAUCAGUCACUGAAAAGUGACGUUGAACGAACAUUUCAGAGAGAACGUGAUGAAUGGUGUCGUUUACAAGACAAGCUCCAUCAUGAGCUCUCUGAUGUGCAAGAGACCAACAAGAGCUUGUCUCAGCAGCUUAGUAAAAUGGAAAGCAAAGCUAAUCGUCUAGAAAAUGAGCUUCACCAGUUGAAACAAACACUUCGAGAAAAAACACUGCUUUUAGAAAUGACACAGAAAGACUUAAAUCAAGCCCAGUGUCAGGCCAAAGAAAGUGAUCAUGCACGGCAACUUGAGAAAGAUCAAGUCAGCAAAUUUAUGAUAAAGCAGGAAUCUAUGCAGGAACGAUUGGCUCAGCUCCAAAGUGAAAACCUCUUACUCCGUCAGCAGCUGGAAGAUUUGCAGAACAAGGGGAUCAUCAAAGAAAAGGUUGUGAAUGAUGUCCAGGACAGAUUUAAUGAUAUUUUCAACAAACUCAGAGCUGAUACUGAAAAGCAAGUUUACCUCGUGGAAGAGAGAAACAAGGAAUUAAAUACCAAGUGUACUGAUUUAAGGGAACAAGUCUUUAAAUAUGAGACUGACAAAGUAGAAAGAGAGGGUUUGGUCAGACAGCUACAGCAGGAGCUUGCUGAUGCUCUUAAAAAGCAAUCUAUGUCAGAAGCUUCCCUUGAAGUUACUACGCGCUACCGCAGUGACCUUGAGGAAGACAAAUUGCGCUUGCAAAAGGAAUUGGACAGGGUUAAAACCAAGUUACAGGAAUCUGAAGAACAGCGUAUUCAGUCUGAGCAUUGUGUUCACGACUUGAAGACUGUCCUGGAUAAUAAGGAAAAAGAAGUAUCAGUUUCUUCCCAGAAACUGCAAGACCUUCUGUUAGCAACUUCUGGAACCAAUACUACUAUAAAACAACUGGAAGAACAUGUGCAACGACUUGAAAUUGAAAAUGCCAGAUUGGAAGCCACAACCAAACAACAAACCAAUAGAAUUGAAGCUCUUCAGAAGGAUCUGCAAGCUUCAGCCUCAGUUCAUAAUCGCCUAGAAGACUUGAUAGCUGGCUUACGGAUAGCACAGACAGCUGCAGAAGAAUACCAACAUCAGCAGAUGCAAAAGCAGAAUAUGUUGACUGUGACAUCAAAAGAAUCACGCAGUAUGUGGGAGGAAGAAUUGAAGUCAAAAGCCCUCCUUGAAGAUCGUCUUGCUCAGCUUGAUAGGGAAAAGGCUGAGCUCUUGGAGCAGUAUGAGGCUGAAAGAAAGAAAGUGAAGAAGCUGGUAGAGUUGAAACAACCACUUGAAGCACGUCUUGACCAGGAAAUGAAAAGAAACGUUGAACUGCAGAAAGAAUGUCACAGGUGCAAGAGGCUUCUGAACAGAGCUGUGAAGAAACUAAGAAUGCAUGAGGCCAGAGAAAGAGAGUCCCAAUUUAAUUUCCAGGGAGAAAUGAAGAACAGGUAUUCUGAAAUGGUGAAUGAAGUUGGAAAAUUAAGAACAAAGGUUGCUGAACUUUCUCAGCAGCUGGAGUUAGAGUCUAAAAAAUGCAUCCAGCUGGAAACACAAAACCAGGAUUUGCGAGAAGAGCUGUCUGUUCUGCGUGGGAACCAUGAAAAGCUGGAGAAGAGCAAAUCCCAGCUGAAGGAAGAGGUGGCAAACCUCAGACAUCAUUUGGAGGCUAAUAUGGUGAAUCACAGCCAAAUAGAACAAUACAAGAAAGAGAUGGAAGAACGAGCCGGACAAGAAAUCAGACAAAAACUACAAGAAGUCAAUUUGUUUUUGCAGACACAGGCAGCCUCCCAGGACAGGUUAGAACAAAUCAGAGCCAAUCAUCAUGCCUCACUGAGAAACCAACUAAAGCACAGAAUUAAAGAUCUCGAAUGUGAGUUGGACAGAAUAAAAAAUACUCAACAAGACAAUAUUUUUCAAAAAGAAUCCACACAGGCAGAAGUGGAAAAAUACAAAGAAAAGUAUCUGGAAGAAGUGAAAAUUAGAAGAAGCCUAGGAAAUAAGCUGGAAAGAGCCAAUGAGAGACUAGCAGAAGCCAAUGCUAAGCUGCUUCAGGAGCGCCACAGAAACAAGUCUUUAAUUGCAAGCAGCAUUGUCACAGGAGGUCUGUCUGCAAGUCCAGUUCUGUAUUCAACUGAACUGGGGCAUCUUGGCAACAAUUUGGCACUGAACAGAAGUCUCAGCCUAGGAGGAAGCUUUGUGGGCACAGCUGGGAAUGCGUUAUCGGCAAGAAACAAGGUUGAAGCCUACAUGGCUAAGAUACGGAAGGAACUGGAUGAAAAAAUCACUAAAGAACUUGAACAAGCCAAUGCUGAACUUGAAGCUGGAUCUGCUGGAGCUUCUCCAAUGGCAUCUACUGAUGGAUCUUCAAAAAAUCUCAAUGUUGACCAGGAUCCCCUUUGCAGAGCAAUACAGGAGUACCGUGAUGUUUUAGCCAAAAAUUAUCUGAUCUAAACAAAAAUGCAAAGGGAAAAGUACUGGAAAUCAUUUUGUUUACAUAGAAUGUCUUUGAUUUCCCAUCCUGUAGCUUGGAUGUGGAAACAUCUUUAUAUUCAAACUGCAAUCAAUUCAAAAUGUAUUAAAUAGGUAUCAAGCACUCUGCACUUAUUUGUUGGUCACUGAUGUAUAGUUACUUUAUUUUGCACUCAGAAUAAGAACCGUGUCUAUUUUUUCUUACUAUCAGAUUGAGUAACGUUGAUUCUUGAACUUGACAGAACUGUCAGAAUGUUCUUGAUGCAUUAUUUUGCUCCACUUGUGUUCCGUGUUUUAACAAAAGCAUUCCCCUUGUUCUGUUUAACCCUUUCACUGUUCAUGGGUUUCCAGUGUUAUUUUAAUGCAUAGGAGGUUAUUUGAUUGGCUUUCUGCCAGCUGUUUCAGUCCUGAUGCUGCGAAUAUUUCUGCUGAUCAAGUGAAAGUUUUACCAGUGUUUAAGCUGGAGAAGAAUGCACUUUACAUUGUUUCACUUUUAUGCACCUUGGGUUUAAAAAUACUGUGAGUCUGUAGUAGUGCCAAGAAAGCUUUAAUGUGAUCUUUCUGAUAUUUUUGGUUUGGUAUCCGUGUUGGGUUUUGCAUUAGAAUUUGAUUCAACUUAAGACAUUCAUAGUUGCUAGAUAAACAUGCAAUGAACCUGAAGCAGUUCCUACUGGGAAGAAGGAAAAUUAACAUUUCAACCUUCCGUCCAAUUGGUACUUAACACUAUUUGUGUGGUGGGAUAACUUUUUAUUGCUGCUAACAGCUGGUGAUAAAAUAGCUGCAACUCAGGUGAAGAGUAAUGCUGUAGGAUUUUGUGACUGUAAGACAAGCAAUUUCGUUAACAGUUACAUGUUACUGAAGAUCUGCAGUAGUCAUUCCUUGUCUACAAAAUUUGCUAAAAUAUUACACAACAAAUGAAGUCAACAUUCCAGAGACCUGAGAAUGUUAUACUGAAGCAAACAGAAACUGGAAAAAAGAUUUUUACCCACUGAUUCAAUAACUUGAGUUAACAGGCAGUGAGGAGAUAUAAUGAAUGUUGCUGCAACUCUCUGCUCCUUUUUAUAUGAAUACAGUUUUGUGACACUAAUACACUGUAUUUAAUUCCAGGUAUUAUGUUGCAACUUGGUAUUUAAUAAACUUUCAUAUCUAGUA